AUGCUCGUGGUCGCCCGGCGGAGGUUGUUUCUGUUGCCCAAGUUGCCCCUGUUGGCGCUGCUGGAGCCCCAGACCCACUCGGUGCUGCGUGUGAUCCAGGGUAGUCACCAGCACGUGUACCGGGUGGUGCUGGCCGUCGACGAGUACCGCCAGUUCAUUCCGUUUGUCGAGGACUCGUUCAUCAACCAGCGCACGAACGAAGGCGUCCCCACCGAGGGCGGCCUCCGCAUCGGCUGGCAGCAGUUUGAGGAGCGGUUUGUGUGCCAGCUCGAGUGUGUCCCCGGCCAGCUGGUGGUGGCUCAGCUGAUGACGACGGCGCUAUUCGACGAGUUGUAUACUAAGUGGCAAUUCACGCCGAUGGGGCCUCAUAUGACGAAAGUCGACCUCAACUUGAAAUACAAAUUCAAAAACCCGAUGUAUAACGCGGUGAGUCUGAUGUUCAGUGACCAGGUGACUCAGAUCAUGAUUAGGGCGUUCGAAGACCGGGUAAAGGCGACGCCAAACCCCGUAGCCGAAGGCGAAACUAACCAACAAAAAUAG